CAAGCCUCAACCCUCCGAAAUUUCCACGCCUCACGACCCGACAUCGACAAUCGGAGCACGGUAAGCAGACAAAAUGACGAUCCGGUACAACCAGAAGCUCGUCAACAACCAUUUCCGCAAGGAUUGGCAACGCCGGGUUCGAACCCACUUCGACCAGCCCGGUAAGAAGUCGAGGAGACGCACAGCUCGUCAGGCCAAGGCUGCCGCUCUUGCCCCCCGACCUGUCGACAAGCUCCGACCCGUUGUCCGAUGCCCUACCAUCAAGUACAACCGUCGUGUCCGCUCCGGCCGUGGUUUCACCCUGGCUGAGCUCAAGGAGGCCGGUAUCCCCAAGGCUUUCGCUCCCACCAUCGGCAUUGCCGUCGACUUCCGCCGCCAGAACCUCAGCGAGGAGUCCCUUGCCGCCAACGUCGCCCGUCUCAAGGCUUACCAGGAGCGCUUGAUCCUCCUUCCCCGCCGAUCUAACGCCCCCAAGAAGGGUGACACCAAGACCGACGUCUCCAAGGUCGAGAAGGCCGCUCAAAUCGCCGCUGCCUUCCCUAUCGCCGCCACCGAUCUCGCCGUCAAGGAGAUCUCCAAGAGCGACAUGCCCUCCAACAUCGAGGCUGGCGCUUACCGAACUCUCCGUGUCGCUCGUGCCAACGCCCGAUACGAGGGUGCCCGCCAGAAGCGUGUCCGGGAUGCUGCCGAGGCCGAGUCGGCCAAGAAAUAAACUUGCAAAAAGGGAACUGGUGUUUGAGGGUUUUGCUCUUUAUGUCAUUGAGGCAUGGGCAACGUCGGUUCGAGGCUCUGAUGAAAGGCUUGGCCUGGGUUGGAGGAAGGAUACUCUAGGUCCAGCUCAAGAAAUUUACUGCAUGAUCACCGGCUUUGUUCUGUCAUACCUACCUUGGUCAAUGGAUGCAUUACGUGCAUAUGGUGUCUCUGCUUGUUAAAAGUUACUUGUUACGAUUUCAAUUCGGUACAUGGUUCGCGUGA